UGCUCUAUGACAAACAUGGGGAUCGUCAGAGCUUAGUGAAUCCUGUUCUAAAGAAACAUGUUUGAAGUGUUUGCAUGAGGCAGCUGAAACCCUCCGCUCAGGUACGCGCAGCCAAUGGGAGCGCAGGAGGGAGUGCUCAACAGCGAAGAGUCGGUCCGCCCCGGCACAGACACAGCACACCUUCAGAUGGAGAUGAAAUAGCAGCGGCAGUCGAUCAACAGAGAAACGACAGCGUCUGUAGCGCCGGAUCCGGAGGUUUUCUUCAGGGGGGACAGGUGACAGAGCAAACCGACCGAGCCUCAGCCGCCUGAACGUUCGUCGGUGGAAAUUACUGCCGUUUCAAUCCCCCCCCCCCAUCCCCGAACACCCUCCGAUUGCCACAAUACAUGCAUUUCGAUACUGCAUGCAUUACAAUCUGAUCAUUUAAGCCCAGUCCAACAAGAUGGAAAAUGCGCACACUAAAUCGGCGACUGAAGUUUUAGACAACUUCGGUGUGAACGAAAACACUGGGCUGACUCUGGAACAAGUCAAAGUCAAUUUGGAGAAAUAUGGACCCAACGAGCUCCCGGCUGAAGAAGGCAAAUCCCUGUGGGAGCUGGUGGUGGAGCAGUUUGAAGACCUCCUGGUCAGGAUCCUGCUGCUAGCUGCCUGUGUUUCCUUUGUGUUGGCUCUGUUUGAGGAGGGAGAGGAGACAACCACCGCCUUUGUCGAGCCUGUUGUUAUUCUUCUCAUCCUCAUCGCCAACGCUGUUAUCGGGGUCUGGCAGGAGCGCAAUGCUGAGAAUGCCAUCGAAGCUCUGAAAGAGUAUGAACCUGAGAUGGGAAAGGUGUAUCGCAUGAACCGCAAGGCUGUCCAGAGGAUCAAAGCCAGAGACAUCGUCCCAGGGGACAUAGUGGAGGUGGCUGUUGGUGACAAGGUGCCUGCUGACAUCAGAGUGACCUCUAUAAAGUCCACCACCCUGCGAGUGGACCAGUCCAUCCUCACAGGGGAGUCUGUGUCUGUCAUCAAACACACUGACCCUGUUCCUGACCCCAGAGCUGUCAACCAGGACAAAAAGAACAUGCUGUUUUCUGGCACCAACAUUGCUGCAGGCCGCGCCAUAGGUGUUGUCGUCGCUACCGGCGUGGCCACAGAGAUCGGUAAGAUCCGUAAUCAGAUGGCAUCUACAGAGCAAGAGAAGACGCCGCUGCAGCAGAAGCUGGAUGAGUUCGGCCAGCAGCUCUCCAAGGUCAUCUCCCUGAUCUGCGUGGCUGUGUGGGUUAUCAACAUUGGCCACUUCGGGGACCCCGUCCACGGUGGCUCCUGGGUCAGGGGUGCCAUUUACUACUUUAAGAUCGCUGUGGCUCUGGCUGUGGCCGCCAUCCCUGAGGGCCUGCCUGCUGUCAUCACCACCUGCCUGGCCCUCGGCACGCGUCGCAUGGCCAAGAAGAACGCCAUUGUUCGCAGCCUGCCCUCUGUUGAGACACUGGGCUGUACCUCUGUUAUCUGCUCUGACAAGACUGGCACCCUCACCACCAACCAGAUGUCUGUUUGCAGAAUGUUCAUCACAGAUAAGGUGGAAGAUUCAAACUGCACCCUUCAUGAGUUCUCUAUAACUGGUUCUACAUAUGCCCCUGAGGGACAAAUACUGAAAGGAGACAGGCCUAUCCAGUGUGGUGACUAUGAUGGACUUUUGGAGUUGGCCACUGUGUGCUCUAUGUGCAACGACUCUUCACUGGACUACAAUGAGGCCAAAGGUGUUUAUGAGAAGGUGGGUGAAGCCACAGAGACGGCUCUCACCACCUUGGUGGAGAAGAUGAAUGUCUUCAAGACUGACCUAACUGGACUCAGCAAGGUGGAACGUGCUGGGGCCUGCAACUCGGUGAUCAGGCAGUUGAUGAAGAAGGAGUUCACCCUGGAGUUCUCUCGUGAUCGCAAGUCCAUGUCUGUCUUCUGCACCCCAGUCAAGCCAGGCUCCCAGAGCAAGAUGUUCAUCAAGGGUGCUCCAGAGAGUGUGAUUGAGCGGUGUCAGUACCUACGAGUGGGAACAGGGAAGGUCACACUGACACCAGCCCUGCGUGACCAACUGUUGUCUAAGAUCAGGGACUGGGGGACAGGCAGGGACACCCUGCGCUGUCUGGCCCUGGCUACUCAUGACACCCCGCCACGCAAAGAGGACAUGGACUUGGAGAAUUCCAGCAAGUUCGUGGAGUAUGAGUUGGGUCUAACAUUUGUUGGCUGUGUGGGCAUGCUCGACCCGCCCAGAAAGGAGGUGAUCGGUUCAGUGAAACUGUGCAACGAGGCAGGUAUCCGUGUUAUCAUGAUCACAGGAGACAACAAGGGCACAGCUGUGGCCAUCUGCAGACGAAUUGGCAUCUUCGGGGAGGAGGAGGACGUGACAGGAAAGGCCUACACGGGCCGCGAGUUUGAUGAUCUCCCACCGGAGGCGCAGAGAGAAGCCGUCAAGCGGGCGCGGUGCUUCGCCCGGGUCGAGCCGGCUCACAAGUCUAAGAUCGUUGGAUACCUGCAGUCUUUCGAUGAGAUUACUGCCAUGACAGGAGAUGGUGUGAACGACGCCCCAGCCCUGAAGAAAGCAGAGAUCGGCAUUGCUAUGGGCUCUGGAACUGCAGUGGCCAAGUCAGCAUCUGAGAUGGUGCUGUCUGAUGAUAACUUUUCCACCAUCGUGGCUGCGGUGGAGGAGGGCAGAGCGAUCUACAAUAACAUGAAGCAGUUCAUCAGAUACCUCAUCUCCUCUAAUGUGGGAGAAGUCGUCUGCAUCUUCCUGACAGCCAUCCUGGGUCUCCCUGAGGCUUUGAUUCCAGUCCAGCUGCUGUGGGUUAAUCUGGUGACCGAUGGCCUGCCAGCCACUGCCCUGGGCUUUAACCCCCCAGACCUGGACAUCAUGGACAAACCUCCCCGCAACCCGAAGGAGCCUCUCAUCUCUGGCUGGCUCUUCUUCAGAUACCUGGCCAUUGGAGGAUAUGUGGGUCUUGGAACAGUGAGUGCUGCCACAUGGUGGUACCUGUUUGAUGAAGAAGGCCCGCAAGUGUCUUUCUAUCAGCUGAGACAUUUCAUGCAGUGUACCGAGGACAACCCCAUGUUCCAGGAAAUAGACUGUGAGGUGUUUGAAUCCCGCUACCCCACAACCAUGGCCCUGUCUGUGCUAGUCACUAUCGAAAUGUUCAACGCACUCAACAGUUUGUCUGAGAACCAGUCCCUGGUCAGGAUGCCUCCCUGGGUCAAUAUCUGGCUGCUGGGGGCCAUCAUCCUCUCCCUCUCCCUCCACUUCUUAAUCCUCUACGUUGAGCCUUUGCCGUUGAUCUUCCAGGUGACCCCCCUGCGCUGGUCACAGUGGAUCGUGGUCUUGAAGAUUUCCAUCCCAGUCAUCCUCCUGGAUGAGGCACUGAAAUAUGUCUCCAGGAACCAUCUAGAAGGUGAUGACGAGAAGAAAUAUCGGAGGAGAUGGCAGCUGAACUAAGACCUCUCCCUCAACACACUCACACAGUUAGACACACGCCUACCCUCUUCCCUUUAUGAGCUAGGAACCUUUUCUCUCCCCUGUCCUCAUUCCCCACUCCUGCAUGUCCAACAAACCACCACUAGAAAUGAGCAGGGCUUGCAUGAGAAUGAGUGUGCAAGAAAGAGAGCUUGUGUGUUCCUGCGAGCAUGGCUUCGUAUGAGUGUGUGAGUAGAUGAACACUGUGUGUGUGUGUGUGUGUGUGUGUGUGUGUGUGUGUGUGUGUGUGUGUGACUGACUAGGCAAAUGCAGGCCUGUCUUUAUAGUUGCGAGAGCGAGAAACAACUGCAGAAAAAAAAUGAUAAAACUGCCCAGGGCUCUGCUUUUUAAAGACUUCUGCUCAUUGUUUUUUUUUUUUUUUUUUUGGUUUGUUUUUUUUUUUUGACUGUACAGUACAAACAUAGUGGUGCAGUAACUGGACUUUUUGGGGAGGGAAGGAGAGGGAGGACAGGGUAAUGGAGGUUGAUAAUACUGGGUGGGAGGGGAGUGGGUGGGAUGGGGUGGGUUUGAAAUCAGCACAGAGACCGAAAGAGAGAUUGAGAGGUGAAGCCUGCCAUGGAGAAGAGACUGGUGAAGGCACUGGCAAAAGAAGAGCAUCAGUGAGAAUGUGGGAAGGUGAAAAGAGCUGUUUCUCGAGGAGCUGCGUGUGCGUAUUAGACCAAUGCAGAGAACCAUUGUACCUGUGUGUGUCCACAAAAGCAUUAUCUCAAGGUACAGCCCAGGCGUCUGCCACCCACACUACUGGCAGUGAAUUCCAGCCAGGAGCACGGCCGUAUCAGCACAACACAAUUGUAUCUCUGGUCGCUUUGUUCCUUCGUUGCUCUUUGUCUUCACUCUCACCAACGUACAAACUCCUCUUGAUCAUAUUUUAUGCAGAAUUACUCUCCUUUUGCCCGUCUUGCUCUCUUUCUCUCUGUCUCUCUUUCUCGCUCUCUGUUGAGGAGGCAGCUGUGGGGCCCUGGGGGUUGUGACGUUAUCGGGCUCUUGAGUUUUCGGGACGUGUGGAGGUGUCUCUCCACCUAAAAGGUGUGAAUAGCUUUACGCUGCUUGGCCGCUUCCUUCAGCUCUUAAUUCGAGGAGCUGAGGUCAGCUCUCAGACUUUGGCAAAAGUAAAAACAAAGAAAAGAAAUAAAAAUGUCAAACAGCAACCAAACCAGCAUAUUAGUAGUGUAGAUGUUAGCCAGUCCACCCAGCUGGUCCUGUUUAGCCUCACUUUAAUGUCCAUCUGCUGUGCUGCUGUUGAGUUUUAGCUGUCAAAUAUCUAAAUUGAAGGUAGAUCUGAACAAGAGGAUGAUGCUUUUGUGCAGAAUAACCAUCUUGGAGCAACAUUGUGUUCAUCUACCUUUAAUUUAUUCAGUUAUUUAUAACCCUAAGGUGUGUGUGCAAAUACAGUACGUAGCCUUACUUGAAUUAAUUUGUCUAAUUUGACUUGAUAGGCUUUUCAGUUGUCAAAUUGCACAGAAGAUGUAGUCAAAGUAAGUUAAGGAAUUGGCAAGUAAACUGCUUGAUUGUCUUGCUUGGUCAUAAAUCAUUUUAUAUAGUAAGCACAUUUAACCUUAUCCAUGCCUUAUACAGCCCACUGCACCUCCACAUUGAAUAUGUGGUCCAAAUGAAUGUGUUUCUGCUAUAGCCUUUAAUUACCUUUUUUUACCCACCGCCACCAUUCUCACUCAGACGAGCCCUAACAGUGAUAUUGAUUCUGAUCACCUGAGGUCUUACACACUCUGAAUGUCCACCUGGUCUAAGGCAUGUUGUUUAAUAGGAAACCUCCCUUUUUUGUUGUGCUUUGUGCGCUGCUCCCUCAGCUCCUCCUGCUCUCUCAAUGCUUUAGCGACUCACUUGGGUAUUGUUUUAUAAUGAAUAAAUAAUAAUGUAUUUGACUGAAUGAACCCAUGAGGGGUGUGGAUUGUGUCUUUAAGUCUUAAUUAUGGGUUUUGUGUUGGGCCCUUGCGCCCUGUGGACUGGGUCAGGGGGUGUUUUUGGUCUCUUGUUUCCUCCACAUAGGAGAAAGGAGUGUGUGCACAUUCAAAAAAGAACUUUGCAAAGGUGCUGGAUCACAGAUGGGAAUAGGAUCUCCACACUGUCUCAAUUAAUUGAUCGAAAAUAAUAAUAAUUGGCAACUAUUUUGAUUAAUGAUUAAUUAUUUUUCAAGCACAAUUUCCAGACAUUUGAUGGUUUUAGGUUCUUGAAUGCAACUAUUAACAGCUUGCAUGAUACAAGCAAGACAUUUAGAGAUGUCACCUUGUGCUCAAUUAUAUUGUAACAGGCAUUUUACAGACAGAAUGAUUGACUGACUGAGGAAAAAAAAGUUUCAGCCCUGCUUAAAUGCAGCUGUUGCCUGAUGCAGAUCUGUGGAGAUUUUUUAAAUGAUUCAAACUGACAUGGUGUGCAGAUCUUUAUUCUUCCUCCUCCCUUUAUUUGCUUCCAGAGCUUAUUUCUACGAGCAGUACAGAUUUCUGCAGCGCGACUCAGAAGCAUGGUGUAGAAUCUAAAGGCAAAUCCAUCCUUAAAAUCUUCAGCAUAGGUUUCCAGUCUGCUAUUGCUUACAGUACUCUAUGUUGUUGUAUUCAUCUAUUUUGUUGCUUGGUGAUGUUUUUUUUUCUUUCUUGCCCCAGAGGAUAACUAGCCAAACUUAGAUGGCAUGACAUCAUCAAGUCCAGAUAUUUCCUGUUCCACGUGCUCUGUGGGGUCACAGUUGGAAAAUCAUUAAGGGGAAGUACACUAAAAAAAGUUCAUAACAACAACACAUCACCAGAAACAAAUAACCAGAUACUGAAAUGUUUUGAACAUCACAAACUGAUUUAAGGGUGGACUAUUCCUUUAAUUUUAUCCCAGAAGCUGGAUUUUGAUGAUACUUGACGUAAACAAUCUUUAUGUUCAGUGAUUUCCUCAGUACAUUGUCAAUUUUUUUUUUUUUCUUCCACCACCGUGAUAAUGUGGCACCUCUGUCCAGACCAGCAGACCACCUGUCCCUGUCCCAGGUCUCCAUGGCUCUGUAACAUGCUGGCACUCUGGCCACUGGGCACUAUAGGUCUGUAUAGCCUUGUUAUUUACUACUGAAUCCUCAGCUCUGUACAGAAGGGGAGAAUAUGAUCGCAUGGAACAUUGUUACUGUAAUAAUAACCUAUACAGUAUAUAAUAUUUAAUUUUUGAUAACUUACAUCAAUGACAUCUACUUACCAACAACAGACAGACUUGCGAAAAACCAUUUUUCAUUUUUCUUUUGAGCACAUCUUUUUUUUCUUUCCUUUUUUUUCUUUGUAGAAUAGAAAGGUUGUUUUGUUCCUUCAUUGUUCCCGUUUGGUUUUUACAGUUACUGGGAUUUUGUGUCUUUUACUGUAGGGAAAAAGAAUAUGACGUUAUCAUGUUAAAGAUAGACAAGAAUCAUGCUUACGCUAAUUAAUGAUGAUGACGCUGAUCAUUUCAGUGAUAGUUAUCCAGUGUGAGGAUGUUCAAGAAUUUGUGAAUGAACUGUGUCUGGUUUACACUGAGCGAUAAGCAGCGAUAAGUCCUGGCUUAUGAAGUUUUAUGACUGUACAUUGAAGGGCUUGGUGUGGAUGCAGGCUCUAGAGACCCAUGACAAUCCAGCAUGGUUCUCACAGUCCUCUACCAUCUAUAAGAGAAUAACCUCCCUUACUAACAGUGAAGGAGUGAUCAGCUUCGUAUCAGUAACAUUUGACCAAUGGUUCCCUUUUUCUUUGUCUGUAUAGACAAGUAAACUGUCUCUAGAGCCUGAGUUCCACCUCUGAGAAAUUAAAAGGAUUCUCUGUAUUGCCUUGUUAAUAUUAAUUGUGGACACAUAAUUUUAUAAAUGACAAAGACGUGGAAAUAAAGAUUAUUUAUCUUGUUAUUUA